AAAAAGGCGAUCCAAAGAUCAGAGGCUCUGUUUCUCUGUUUCUCUUUUGCUUCCCUCUGUUUCUCGUGGUCUCUCCUUUUCAUUUGCUUGGCUAGCAAGGCCGCUCAUUAUUUUCUGCUCCGGGGCAAUCUGCUUGCCACAAAAAACAGCUUCUCUUGUUAAAAAUCACGGUGUCACUUUCUCUCUCUGACCACCAUCGUUGCUUUGGCUUCGAUAAUCAGCAAAGAAUACUAACGUGUCGUCGAUUGCUUUCCCAACGCUACGCAACGCAACGCAACCCUUCCUCAUCCACUACGGUACCAGGUACCGAUACAUUCUUGCGACGACAAUGAUCACGAUACGCCUCCAACGUUUGCACCUCUUUCUUCUUGCCUCCGCCGUCCUCCUACUAAUCGCCGGGAUAGCCGCCCAGCAGGAAGCCUCCUCAGGAUGCGUCUCUGCCAUGAUCCAACCGUAUGAUCCCGUCCGCCACGAGCCCCAUUACACAAUUGGCGUCUUGGCCAACCGCGGUGAUGCCACUGCCUUGAAGGAAUGGAACAUGACCUUUGGGGAAUAUCUCACCGAGACUGCAGGACGUCGGUUCAACCCCCCCAUUCGUUUCUCCAUGCGUCCCUUGUCCUUUGGCCAUAUCUUUGAAGAACACCAACAAGUCGACUUUAUCCACGUCAACCCGGCUGCCUACUCGUGUAUUGCGGCCGAGUACGGGGCCCAGCCACUGGUGAGUCAAGUCUCGCGCCGCACGGCAGGGGAUCGCACGUAUAACUUGGAUGUCUUUGGAGGAGUCAUUGUGGCGUUGGCCAACAACACUGGCAUCAAUGUUCUAGAAGACUUGAAGGACAAGAUUAUUGCCACGGCUUCCAUUAGUGGACUGGGCAGUGGUCAAAUGCAGUUUCGUGAACUCCAACGGGCGGGUUUGAGCUACAUUCAAGACCCCAAGCAGCUUGUCUUUACGUCCAAUCAAGGCAAGAUAGUCAAGGGAUUGACCUCAGGGCAAUUCGACGUGGGCUUUAUCCGGACUGAUCAAUUGGAACGAUCUAAUGGAGACGAAGACCUGGAGACCUUUUUGAAACGCUUCAAGACUAUCAACCUCCAGCCACCGCAGACAAUGGAGAAUGGCGAAGUCUUUCCCUUUCAGACAUCCACUCCUCUGUACCCCGAAUGGGGGCUCUCGGCACGAUCGCAUGUCGAUGAAGCCGUGUCUCGUGCCGUCCAGGAAUCACUGACGGCCUUGUCGGAACACGCCCUUGUGGGGCAGGCGCUGCAAGACUGUAUCCAAGAUUUUGGACAAGACUUUUGUGCCGGCAUGCCCUUUCCAGACGAGUUUGUCGAGGAUGCAAGGUGUGAUACGACCCCUGAAAUCGCACAGCUGUCAAGGACCGCCAUGACAGCGGGCAAGUACGCGGGAUGGCGAACGACACUGUCGUACAUGGAUCUUCGUUCGAUGCAAGAGGAUACUGGGUUUAUGCGUUUCGAGGAGAAGACGCAUUCCUAUCGUUGUGUUCGGUCUGUGGAAUUGUAUGAUGCCAUUACAUGUCCUGAUGGAUACUUUCGAAAGACUCCAAAACUUGUAGACGAAGGAUGUUCCGCGUCCGGAUUGGAAUGUCCCAGUGACAUGCAAUGUGUUUGCAAGCCUUGCCUCAGGGGAUACGAUGUGGAUGUGUUCCCACUUCUGGAGGAGGAAAAUGACGGUGAGACAAGGAUGACUCGGAACACAGGCGGAUUGGUUGCUACCACCACCACCAGUGCUUACCAAGGCUGCGCCAAGAUGAGUCUUUGUGGGGAAACGAAACAGACCAAGCCGCUCACAUUCAGGGCGGUAGACAACCUCAAACGCUCGGACCUCCAAAUGGACGUGCUCCUCCACGAAGGACAAGAGUCACGGCAAGUUCCUGUGGUACCGACAGCCAAUUUCACCUACGAGUUUACGCUCUCAGCUCGUCUCGUGGGAGUCAUGACGCUGGAGAUCUUUGCCGGGGAAGAACAGAUUCCCGAGUCUCCACUGAGAAUUCUUGUCAACGAUCGUGCCUGUGCAGCGGAGUUUGGAGGAGAAUACGAAGCCAAUAGCUCUGGCGAGUGCGUUUGCAAAGGAAAUUACGUUAGCAUGGGAGGCGCGUGUGUCCCCUAUGCCGUGCUGCUACCAGCCAUCUUUGUACCGUUGUGUUUCCUUGUCGCUAUUGUGGCGCUGUGGUAUGUUGGCAAGAAGCAACGAGAAGCCGAUGCAAUUUGGCGUGUCGACUACGCCGAUUUGAAGUUUACGGACACUGUGUUGGGGCAGGGAACUUUUGGUGAGGUCUUACUUGCAGAAUAUCGCGGUACGCAGGUGGCUGUAAAGCAUGUGCUGCCUCCCAAAGUUGGCAGCGAUGAUCCUAGAGCCAGUCUAGUUGGGGUACACAUUCCAGAGGGGCGUGUCGCCGCCAUAGAAGGUCAUCGAGAGUCAAGGGAUCAGUACUUGGAAGAGGAUCUGGAAACAGGAUCGGAUACCGGUUCCCUCACUCCCCUUCCUGAGUUUGCCCCUAAAGAGCCACGAAAGCGGUCAAGCGACGCAUUUGGGUUAGUCUCUGGAUACCGCGUUGGCACCAAAUCCAAUCUCUACUUGAGAGACAUCAGAGGCAGGAGUUGUGGUAAGGGAUCGACCGAACGGACUUCUGCAGGGGCUUCCCGCUCUCGCCAUUCGAAGCUUAAACGAGACUUCGUCCAAGAAAUGAGGCUGCUUUCGAAGCUGCGCCAUCCUUGCAUUACUACCGUGAUGGGAGCGGUGAUGGAACCUGAACCCAUGUUGGUUUUGGAGUAUUGCGAGCACGGCUCACUUUACGGCUUGCUUCACAAUGAAACGGUAUCACUAGAGGGUGAGGUCAUCUUGCCGAUCCUUCGCGAUCUAGCAAAUGGGAUUAGGUUCCUUCACACAUCGUCGCCCGCCAUAAUCCACGGUGACUUGAAAAGCCAAAAUGUGCUGGUGACAAGUGGAAUGAGGUGUAAAGUUGCUGAUUUUGGGCUAUCUCAGAAGGCAAAGAACGCGAAGGCCAGGGGAACGCCGUACUUCAUGGCGCCCGAGUUGCUCCGGGGAGAAACCCCAUGCACAACGGAGAGUGACAUUUACAGCGUUGGGUUGGUACUAUGGGAGGUCUACGCGAGACGAGAUCCAUAUGAAGGAGAAGAUUGUCACCAAGUUUUGACUCAGGUGACCGACAAAAGGCUCAACCUUCGGCCACCCAUUCCUCAAGGUUGUCCCCGAGAAGUCUCUAGCUUGAUGAAGAGUUGUUGGAGUGGCAGUCCCAAAUCUAGGCCGACUGCGGAAGCUUUGGAUGAACGUCUCAAGAUGUUUCAUGUGGGCAAUGUCCAACCAGGUGCCAUGACAAUGAAAAACCUAAUCAAGAAGGACCAGGACAAGCCCAAGACCAUAUCUAACGAGGACUUCCUCUACAAAUGCUUUCCCCGACACGUGGCAGACUCUCUUGUGAGAGGUGAAAAGGUUGCUCCAGAGUCGCAUGAUUGUGUCACCAUCUUCUUCUCCGAUAUCGUCGGCUUCACUACCAUUUCUUCCACUUGUUCGCCUCUCAAAGUCUCUGAUAUGCUGGACCGUCUGUAUCUGGCCCUGGAUGCCUUGUCCGAGAAGCACGGGCUUUUCAAGGUGGAGACCAUUGGCGAUGCCUUCAUGGCAGUCUCAAACCUCCUCGAUGGCCAAAGUCAUGAUCAUGUGAAGCGUGUUGCUGCGUUUAGUCUGGAAGCUAUUGAAGCAGCUUCCAAGAUCUCUGUGGACUUGGACGACCCAUCCAAAGGUUUUGUGGAGAUCCGGUGCGGGUUCCAUUCUGGCCCUGUGGUAUCCAGUGUCGUUGGAUCACUGAAUCCACGAUAUGGCCUCUUUGGGGACUCGGUCAAUGUUGCCUCCCGAAUGGAAAGCUCAUCGAUCCCUGGCAAAGUGCACUGCUCGGAGGUUUCAGCCCAGCUGCUCAUGCGACAGGCACCAGAGAUAGUCCUAAUGAAGAGGGGUGAGGUGGACAUCAAAGGCAAGGGAAGGAUGCAGACCUAUUUCGUGACGGGGAGCAAUCAAAAUGACAGCAAUAUGGAUUUUGGAGGAUCGAGCAACUAGUUAUGGAGCUAGUCUUCGAAUAGGAAUAUGGCUGCUAGCCGUGUGCCGAGCACGUGGGGUCUGUGCUUAGCCUGGCUGAUGCUGCCAAUCUUCAACAUUUGGUCGAAUGUGCCGGGUGACUCAGGAGGUUUCGGAGAGCUGCAAUGCUGGACCAAAGGACACUUGCGGAGAAUCAAGCGUGUUUAGAUCUGUGAGGGAAACGAUUAGAUAUCUGGUUAGUAGAAUAUGUUGGAUUGACAGUCGGCCCAACCAAGAGCUCGUUUCAAGUCGUUCGGCUAUUCACAACUUUGUAGCGUGGAGACUGAUGGUACACUUUAUUGUGUCCUUCGUUUAGCAAAGAAUAGCAUGUCAUCCGUUCUCCAGCUGGCUUCUAGUGCUAGAGCUGUUUGGAUCUGCAUGGGAUGAAUCCAUGAGAAUCUCAAAGGGGAGUGCGCCGGGAUAACUUCAGCAUUCAGAGAUGGUUAGCCAAGG